CGCAUCUCCGAAUAUUUGUUCCCUCAAAGCAACCAACCACCACCACCACCACCAUCACCUUCAUUACCACCUCCUCAACCCCCACCACACAGCUCGCAUCCACACACCCACGAAUCGCAAUGGCCCUAGUCGCCUACUCCGACUCGGAAGCCUCCGACUCCGAACCCGAAACCACCACCACCACCACCACCACCACCACCACCACCACCACGACGAAGAAACCCACAUCCACCGCAACAGCACCAGCACCACCCUCCACAACCACAACCUCAUCAACAACCCCGAACCCCUUCCAAAUCGACCGCAGCAACCCCCGCAAAAUCCGCGUCGCCCUCCCUGACCUCAAACCCGACCCCAGCACCAGCACCAGCACCAACGAAGACACCGACGGACCCGCGCGCAAAAAGCCCCGAAUCGGCGGCGGCGGCGGCGCAUUCGCGGGAUUCAAUGCGCUCCUCCCCGCGCCCAAGAAACCCGCCGCCACUCCUAAACCGUCUGCGACCGGAUCCACGAGGAAGGUAUUCAGUCUGAAGACGGGGGCGACGCCGGGGUUCGAUCGACAGGCGGACGCGGAGAUGCGGAGUGAGAUGGCUUUUGGGCGGUUAGGGGGCGAGGAUGGGGAUGAGACGAUUCCGAAGGCGGGGAGUUUGCGAGGGGGUGAGGAUGAUAUUCUGGGGGAAGGGGAAGGGGGAGGGAAGAACGAGGGUGCGAAGCCACCGCAGGAGGUCAAGUUGAAGGGGAAUCCGAUGAUGUUCAAGCCGUUGUCGGUUGGGCGGGGGACGCAGGGGAAAGGGAAGCGGAAGGCCGCCGGGCCGAUUGCUGUAACUGGAAGUGGUGGUGCUUCGGCGGCGGGGCCGUUGAAGAAGGAUCUUGGGGGUGGUUCGUCGGCUGGUGCUGGUGCUGCACCACCUGUAGCGGCGGCUGCGCCAGCGCCAGCGCCAGCACCGCCCAAACCCAAGAUCAGUCUGUUCUCUCUCUCCUCGUCGACGGAGGAGACCGUCACCGCACCAGCAGCGCCAGCAGCGCCAGCAGCCUACGAACCCCUAGUCUACACCAGCACCCAAGAGGCAGCGGCGCCCGCCGGCCCCGAACCUGCCUCCGCUGCCGCUCCCGAACUCACACACCCCUCCUACACUCCACCUUCAACCGCAUCAGAAAACACCACCCUCGGCGCCAUCGCAGACGACCUCAACCUCACUCGCGCUCAACGGCGCCAGCUCUUCGGCCGGUCCGCCAACCCCUCCAGAUCAGCCGCAACCGCAGCAGCCCCGCGGGUCCUCCACUUCAACACCGACCAGGAGUACGCUGCCAACCAGCAGAUGGCCCACGAGGACCUCGCGGCCGCGCAGCAUAACCCCGUCCGGGCGAUCGCGCCGGGCAAGCAUACGCUGCAGCAGUUGGUCAGUGCGGCGAGCACGCAGCGGGAGGCGCUGGAGGAGAGUUUCGCGACGGGGCGGAGGAACAAGAAGGAGGCCGGGUCGAAGUAUGGCUGGUAGAGGAUUACCAUCUUGCUGGGUGGGCUGGGUUGGGUGGUGAUUGGGAGAUCUCUUUGGCUGUUGGCCGCCAAGGGCCAAGGGCCAAGGGGGAAGUGAGAAGUGGGAGUUUGGAGGUGAAGUCUGAUGCUGACGUCCAGGCUGUGUAUGUAGUUACCAUUUGAUUGGUUAUUUUCCCAGGGAUAGGGAUGGACUGUCUUGUAAAUCUAGCAAGAUAUGGAGUGUCUUGUAGCAAAGUUGGGCAAAAUUGCGCAGCUGUUUUGCGACAUGCUAGAGUGCAUGCAUGAUCUUGG